AUGGCUUCAAUUACCGACCAGCUCAGCGAAGGGUAUCGGGCCGCAAAGAAAGCUGUGUCGUCUGCUCCACCCAGCGAUGCCUAUUUGAGAUGGGAUGCUCCAGGCAUCGAGGAGAUCAAGUCAACCGAGGAGCAAACGACGAGAGAAAUAGCAGACAUCAUGAAGAAGAUGCAAAAGCACAACUUCGAUCAGCACCGCCAUGCAUUCCGAGCAACGCAUGUAAAGACCCAGGGGAUUGUCAAAGGGAAAUUAACCGUCAAUUAUGACCUGCCAAUCCAUCUCCGUCAAGGGAUCUUCGCUGAGGCAGGCCGGGUCUACGAUGUAGCUGCUCGGUUUGCGAACGAACCAGUGUUUCUCCAGCCAGAUCAGUCUCCAGGACCGCGAGGUCUCUCACUCAAGGUCUUUGGAGUCAACGGCGAGCUCCUCGAGGGGCCCAGCGAAGCCAAUACCGCACAGGAUUUCUUCUUCAACAACGCGCCUAUGAUAGAGCUCACGGACAUUGACACCUGCUUGGAUAUCAUGAAGUUGAGGGAGAAGCAUUUUGACGAUCCGGUGACACUCAAGGCCAAAACAGCGCUGAGAACAGAUGCUCUAAAGCAGACUGCGCCAGGUAUGCUACCGAACACCAACAUCAUCUCAAUGAACUUCUAUACGCAGAGCGCCUUUCGGUUUGGGGGUUACUAUGGUCAUAUGGGACUGUUCCCGGCUGAUGACAAGAUGAGCAAGAAGGCUUCCGAGAAGGUACAGAGUGCCCAGAGCCGGGAAGUCCUCAGUGAAUGGCUCAAAGAAUACUUUACAGAAAGAGGGGCGAAGUAUGAGUUCAAGAUCCAGCUUGGGACCGACCCUGCCCACCACCCCACGGAAGAUGCAUCUGUCGUGUGGGAUGAAGCCACAGCUCCUUACCAGACCCUCGGGUUUCUUGAGUUCCCGCCUCAAGACCCACUUUCUCCAGCUCGACGCGUCUUCUGGGAGGACCAGAUGUCCUUGAGUCCUUGGCGUGGGCUCUCUGCUCAUAAACCUCUAGGCAGCAUCAACAGACUGAGGAAAGUCGUGUACCAGCAAAGCCAGAAAAAUAGAGACGAACUGAAUGCUAACAGCAGUCGGGACGUCAAUUCGGUUGAUGCAAUACCAUAG